AUGCCGCGGAGCGUCCGGGCGCUGUACGGCUUCAAGGCAGAGAACCCCGGCGAGAUGUCGCUGCGGGAGCACGAGGUGCUGAGCUUGUGCAGCGAGCAGGACUUCGAGGGCUGGCUCGAGGGGAUCAACAGCCGCGGCGAUCGCGGCCUCUUCCCGGCCUCGUACGUGCAGGUGAUCCCGGUGCCCGAGCCGGGCCCGGCAGGCGACGGCGGCCCGGGCGCCCCGGCCCGCUACGCCAACGUGCUGCCCUGCGUCCACGAGCCCCGGCCCGCCGGGCCGCGCGCCUCCUUCAAGCCGCCCCCCGACCACUGCCCGCCGCCGCUGCAACCGCAGCAGGUGCCGCCGCCGAGCCCCUUGCAGCCGCCGGGCGCGGGCUUCCCGUGUGGCAGAGGCUGCCUGCAGCCGUCACCGCAGAACCUCCACGGCGGCGGCUGCCAGGCCAGCCAGGGCAACGAUGAGGACUGGGACGACAAGUGGGACGACAAGUGGGACGACAGCUCCACGGCGGUCACGCUGGACAGCGGCGCGUACCCGGACCAAGACUGCGGGGCUUCAGGGGGCGGCGGCGCUGCCGGUCGCUACCGCCUGUCCACGCGCCCCGACUCGUCGCUGGGCUCCCGCGGCGGCCCGGCGCCCCCGCAGCCUUACCCGUCGGGAACCAAGAGCUCGGCCACCAUGAGCCGCAACCUCAACCGCUUCUCCACCUUCGUCAAGUCGGGCGGGGAGGCCUUUGUGCUGGGCGAGGCGUCGGGCUUCGUGAAGGACGGGGACAAGCUGUGCGUGGUGCUGGGGCCUUACGGCCCCGAGUGGCAGGAGAACCCCUACCCCUUCCAGUGCACCAUCGACGACCCCAUCAGGCAGACCAAGUUCAAGGGCAUGAAGAGCUACAUCUCCUACAAGCUGGUGCCCACGCACACGCAGGUACCGGUGCACCGGCGCUACAAGCACUUCGACUGGCUGUAUGCACGCCUGGCCGAGAAGUUCCCCGUCAUCUCGGUGCCCCACCUGCCCGAGAAGCAGGCCAUCGGCCGCUUCGAGGAGGACUUCAUCUCCAAGCGCAGGAAGGGCCUGAUCUGGUGGAUGAACCACAUGGCCAGCCACCCGGUGCUGGCGCAGUGUGACGUCUUCCAGCACUUCCUGACCUGCCCCAGCAGCACCGAUGAGAAGGCCUGGAAACAGGGCAAGAGGAAGGCCGAGAAGGAUGAGAUGGUGGGCGCCAACUUCUUCCUGACCCUGAGCACGCCCCCUGCCGUCGCCCUUGACCUGCAGGAGGUGGAGAGCAUGAUUGACGACUUCAAGUGCUUCACUAAGAAGAUGGACGACAGUGCGCUGCAGCUCAACCACACGGCCAGUGAGUUCGCGUGCAAGCAGGUGACGGGCUUCAAGAAAGAGUAUCAGAAGGUGGGCCAGUCCCUCCGCAGCCUCAGCCAGGCCUUUGAGCUGGACCAGCGGGCCUUCUCGGCGGGUCUGAGCCAGGCUAUCGCCUUCACCGGAGAUGUUUACGACGCCAUUGGCGAACUCUUUGCCGAGCAGCCCAGGCAGGACCUGGACCCCAUCAUGGACCUGUUAGCGCUGUAUCAGGGGCACCUGGCCAACUUUCCCGACAUCAUCCACAUUCAGAAAGGAGCUCUUACCAAAGUAAAGGAGAGUUGGCGAUACGUGGAAGAAGGGAAGAUGGAGGUCCAAAAUGCUGAUGACCUUCAGGAUCGCUGUAACACUAUUUCUUUUGCCACUUUGGCUGAAAUUCACCACUUCCAUCAAAUUCGAGUAAGAGACUUUAAAUCACAGAUGCAGCAUUUCUUACAACAACAAAUAAUAUUUUUCCAAAAAGUGACCCAGAAGUUGGAAGAGGCUCUUCACAAGUAUGAUAGUGUUUAA